AUGAUUGAUCCUCAAUUGAUGGAAAAGUGGAAAACAGAGCUUUUCUAAGAUCAAGCACUCAACAAACUCUUUGAUUAGCACUUAACAUUGGAGGAGUUUGUCCUAUUAAUCCUCAAGAAUUAUAACAUGGUUUAAUUGGGAGACAUAUUUUAAAAGUUGACUUCGAUUAAUCAAUCUAUUUCUAUGUAGUUGGAUCACUACAUUAAAAACAAUUAUGAAUUGCUGAUUGAAGAUCUUAAGGAUAAAUCUUAACAAUGUGACAAUGAUGUCAUUAUUGAAGCCUUAUAAAAGAUUAAAUUUAUAUAACAAAGACUUCAGGACAAUUAUGUGACUAAAUACAAUAAAAUUAUAAAACUAUUGCCAAUCAAAUAAAAUAGUGAAUUAGCUUUGCAAAAGUGUAAACAACUUCAAAAAUUCAGUGUGCAAUUAAAAUUACUGAGAUCCUUAGCUCAAUAGUAAAAUAACAGUAUCAACAUAACAGAUGCACAGAGAGUGUCUAAUGCUUUAUUUGAAAUAGAUAGAUUGCCUAUUAAACAAUUUCAAUUUUAUAAGAACAACCAGACCUAUAUUAAAUAGGUUGAAGAAACCUUAUAGAUUAAAGUAACUAGAAAGUUUGAAGAUUCACUCUCAGCAAAGAGUGUGCCAGAUUUAACAUAAUGUUUGGGAAUAUUUUAUAGUCUUGGUAGAUUAUCUGAAAUACUUGAACUGAAAUGUAAUUAAGUAUUAAAAUAAAUAAGUGAACAAUAUAAGAUAUUAUUCUCAAAUUCUAAAUCCUUUUUACCUGACUAUAGAAAUCAAAUAAAAAAUGAAUUAAAUUAGAUGAUUCUAAUUUGGUUAAUCUAUCAAGCUAUGAAUUAAACUGAUCAAUAUCACUUAAUCAAUUACUAAGAAGAACUCAAAGAUUAAUUCCCGCACUUAUUUUUGAUGGUAUGGAAAAAGUACACAGAUGUCAUUUAACAGUCAAUCUAAAUUAUAAUCGAUAACAAGUAGAAGUAUGAGUCUACUUACAACAAUUUGGUCCAUUUUUAUCCCAUCAUCAAAGAUAUCUAUUAUGACUAACUAAUUAUGUUUAGCGAACAAAUACUUAUCUUUCCAUCAUCAAUACUAUUAAGUCUUAAUUAAAAUGAAAUCUAGGGACAAUUGAUGUCUUCCUUGAAUGUGUUGAGACCUUUGCAUUAAAUGCAAUUCAUACUGUUGUUGAAGGAACAAAUCACUAAUCUUGCUAAUGAUGUAUACGUUUAGGAGAAAGGACAACCCUAUGUUGAGAAAGCUUUGAAUGCUUUGACUUCAUUCAUUGAUUUUGUUAAAUUAGAAUUUGAAUAAAUUAAAUAUGAUGGCCAAUCAUUUAAAUUUAUGACUCAAAAGUUACUUCAUGAAUACAACUCUUUGAUUGAAUCCUUCCAAGGAAUGACUUAUACCAAUGAAUGUUUAGCUGUCUUAUCUGUUUCAAUGCCAUACUUCUGGAAAUAACUUUUAGAUCAUCCCUUAAAUCAUGAACUUGAAAUGUCAGAAUUAUUGGUUAAAAAAGAAGGACUUAAGUAAAUAGAUUCAAAUUUAUAAAUCUUAUUUGAUUAAUAUUUACAAAGACGCAAAAUUACAUAAGAUUUGAUUAAUGCCUUAUUAAAAAAUUGA